CUGUGGUCUCAUCUGAAGCUUAACUAUGGAAGAAUCCAUUAGCAGAAUUCAGUUUCCUGUGGUUAUAGGACUGACAGGCUUCAGUUUCUUGUUGGCUUUUGGAUGGAAGCUGCCCUUAGCUCCUGGAAGCUGCCCUUCAAAUAUGGGACUACCAAAAUAGGCAGACCACAACAUAGCAGCUUGUUUCUUCAAAGCCAGCAAGGGAAUGAGAGACUUCAGCAAGAUGGGUGCUACAGUCUUAGGGAAUACAGUGAGUAACCUGAUCAUGAUUAUACCUCCAGUGUUCGGUGCAAUUCAGAGUAUUAGAGACGGUCUGGAAAAACGGUACAUUGCUUCUUAUUUAGCACUCACAGUGGUAGGAAUGGGAUCCUGGUGCUUCCACAUGACUCUGAAAUAUGAAAUGCAGCUACUGGAUGAACUCCCAAUGAUAUACAGCUGUUGCAUAUUUGUGUACUGCAUGUUUGAAUGUUUCAAGAUCAAGAACUCAGUAAACUACCAUCUGCUUUUUACCUUAGUUCUAUUCAGUUUAAUAGUAACCACAGUUUACCUUAAGGUAAAAGAGCCGAUAUUCCAUCAGGUCAUGUAUGGAAUGUUGGUCUUUACAUUAGUACUUCGAUCUAUUUAUAUUGUUACAUGGGUUUAUCCAUGGCUUAGAGGACUGGGUUAUACAUCAUUGGGUAUAUUUUUAUUGGGAUUUUUAUUUUGGAAUAUAGAUAACAUAUUUUGUGAUUCACUGAGGAACUUUCGAAAGAAGGUACCACCUAUCAUAGGUAUUACCACACAAUUUCAUGCAUGGUGGCAUAUUUUAACUGGCCUUGGUUCCUAUCUUCACAUCCUUUUCAGUUUGUAUACAAGAACACUUUACCUGAGAUAUAGGCCAAAAGUGAAGUUUAUCUUUGGAAUCUGGCCAGUGAUCCUGUUUGAGCCUCUCAGGAAGCAUUGAUGAAUCAUUCCACCAAGAAAACAAGCACCUACCAUAGACCUGGCAGAAUAAAUAAGGAAAUCCUUAAAGAUCUACAAGUUCAAAUAUGUCAUGACCAUCAUAGCAGAGGAGUGACUUUCUGACUAAUGCUGCCACCCACUCCACAAACAGAAUAAGAAGUGAGGCCUGCUGGGUGUUUAGCUCAUGGCAUUAUCUCAUUUGUCCCCUCCUCCUUUCAUGCUCCAGUUUAUAAAGAAACAGAGAUGAUGUGUGUGUAUGCUUCAAAUGCAGAAACAAUUGGGCUUUUCUUUAACAGGUUAACAGUUUGUGCUGGUUAUAAGAAAUUAAUCUUUUUUUUUCUUUUUGCCAAGGGUUGCAUGUGAAUUAUACUUUUCUUAAUAUUUGAUUAAAUAAUUUAAACAGUCAGCUAAGGGCCAACAAAACCCCAUAUCCAGAUAGUUAGCUGUGAGCCAGCACUCAGCUUUGUCAUAUUUGAUUAAUAUUGUAUUAAUCUCAUGGAUGGUUCUCAAAGGUAAGAAAAAAAGAGAGAGAGAGAAGAGAGAGUGAGCUAGCUGUGGGAUUCUGUGUAGUUCUUCACUGUCUGUUCCAGGGCUAGUCAGAGGAUCAUAAGCAAGCUCAGACCUGCCCCCGGUUCAAUACUUAACCACAUCCCAGGAUUUAUGGUGUCUGCCUAUGGCCACAGCCAACCAGAAUGAGUGGGUCAUCUUAUAACCUUUCUGAAGCUCCAUGAGGACAUGUAUAGAAUGUUGUGCCUUCAGCCAGCUCUGCUCUGAUCUUUGCAGAUCUUUAAGUUGUCACCGUUUCUAUGGCUAGACAAAUAGGACUGGUGGUCUAGACUACCCAUAGUUCAUCCUCCUCACAUAACUUAGUUGAAGUUGUCAGGGAAUGUCAUUACACUCCGAUUUUUUAAAUUAUGCAGUAUUUUCUAGUUCUCAAAGAGAGGUCAUGGUUGUGCCCAGGGAAGUGUGUUGUGUUAACUAAAGCUAAAAUGAUCAGAAUCCUAUUUACAUAAAGCAUAUUAAAAUAUCUGCUCCUUAAUUGUCUGAAGGAAAUAGAUGUAAGUUUCUGUUACUUGAAACCUACAGAACCCACAAAAAUUAGGGUGAUAAGAAAUGACAGUAGCCGGGCGCGGUGGCUCACGCCUGUAAUCCCAGCACUUUGGGAGGCCGAGGCGGGCGGAUCACAAGGUCAGGAGAUCGAGACCACGGUGAAACCCCGUCUCUACUAAAAAUACAAAAAAUUAGCCGGGCGCGGUUGUGGGUGCCUGUAGUCCCAGCUACUCGGGAGGCUGAGGCAGGAGAAUGGCGUGAACCCGGGAGGCGGAGCUUGCAGUGAGCCGAGAUCGCGCCACUGCACUCCAGCCUGGGCGACAGAGCGAGACUCCGUCUCAAAAAAAAAAAAAAAAGAAAGAAAUGACAGUGAAAUCUCAUCGUAAGGCAGCUAGUUCUAAUUUGCAUUUGAAUAUAUAACAAAUUGCAUCACUUUUCACAAACAUAACACCUGCCUGCAGUAAAAAUCUGAUUUGACCCCUCUGCUCAUGUAUCAUCAUAUCUGUAGCUCUGCAUCAUUUAGCAUUUUUAUGACUUUUUUUGCUUUUUAUAAAUUAUUGUAAAAUCCAGAUUGUUUUUACCACAUGAUGACAUGACUCAAGAUUAAAUCCUAAGCUAGUUUCAAAAGGAAAAUCUUUUCUUCUUAUGCAAAGAUGGUAAAACACUUUUUGUCAUUUUUUCCAGUAUUCAGUAAGUAGCCUUUGUACAAAUUUAAAACCAAAAACUAUUCUGUUGUUUUUCUUCACCUACUAGCCUUAGUUUUUAACCAAGUAUCCAAAGAUGGUCAAGUUGACAUCCUUCCCUUAGCAUGCCCAACAAACCAUUAGACCAUUAGACUGAUUCUUCCACCUGCUUUUAUGAUCUCCAGGAAGAAAAACACUUGCCAAAACAUGAAGAGAACUUUUGUUCUGCCUUAAGGGGGUAUAAAACUAAACCAUUUGAAGGCACAGCCCAUAAGACUGUACUUGAUUUUGCCCCGAGAUUCUGACUUCUGGCUACAUUUCACCUGCAGUUACCUGGGCUAUCAGCCAUCAUACAUUUUUAAAUUCAUUUGUUUUCCACCAUUAUAUUUUUAUACUUUUCAGUUAGAUAUACUUCUGCGUAAAGAAUAUAUAUACAGUGUAGGAUAAAGGCAUGUCCUACAUGGCAAUGCUGUUAAACAUGGUAAGACUGAGGUUCUGCAGAAUUAAAGUCAGAUUAAGGGUACAGAGAGCACACCUUGAUACUGAGGCCAUUUAGAGCAAUUUGUUUAAUGAGUGGUUUAGCCAUCACCACCAGUGGCCACCUGUUCAAUAAAAUUGCCCAGCACCAUAGUGGAGAGUCAUCUACACCCCGAGGUGACCUGUAAGACUGGCCAAUUCAUUGAAGACCCUUGUUUCUAUUGGGAGAAUGGAAAGCAGAAAGGGAAGCCAGGCUCUUUAAUGUUCCAAAUCAGCUGUGCCUCACACAAGGCUCUCUUUUCAACAACUAAGUAACACACUCAAGACUUCGUGUCUGUGCAGCAUUUUAUGGAAAUCACUGGUGACUUAUAGGAUAUUACUAAAUUAUCUUUAUUUCAAUAGCUUUAUUUUUUCCUAUUUGGAUUCUAGGUAUACAUUACAGGGUUGGAUUCCUCACUACCCCCUCCCACUGUCAUUUGUUUUAUUGGAAAACUUCAUGUUAACUAGAGUGUACAAAAAGUCUGUUUCCUGCUGAGCCAAUAAUGAUUUGUUUGCAUAUCACCUAAUGUGAACAGUGCUCAUCUGUGAACCCUACAGCAAAUUAUAUUUUAGAAAAUACUUUGUGAGGCUGGGCAUGGUGGCUCAUGCCUGUAAUCCCAGCACUGUGGGAGGCCAAGGCUGGCAGAUCACUUGAGGUCAGGAGUUCGAGACCACCCUGGCCAACAUGGUGAAACCCCGUCUCUACUAAAAAUACAAAAAUUAGCCGGGCGUAGUGGCGCACGCCUGUGGUCCCAGCUACUCGGGAGGCUGAGGCAGGAGAAUUCCUUGAACCCAGGAGGCAGAGGGUACAGUAAGCUGAGAUCACACCACUGCACUCCAGUCUGGGUGACAGAGCGAGACUCCGUCUCAAAAAAAAAAAAAAAAAAAAGAAAAGAGAAAAGAAAAUACUUUAUGAGGAUGUAAAAGAAGCAAUUUGCUUCCACAUCCGAAUAUCCUUCUUGUGCCUCCAUUUUCACUCUGAAAAACUGAAAGCAAUUUGACUUUGAUUUUUGUUUUUUUAAAGAACAGCUAGGUGAAAGGAGGUUAAGCUGAUUGGUCACUCUGCCUGCCCACUAUCUACUCCCCACCGUGGUGUUUCAUGAAACAUCCCCACCACCUGAAGUGAUCUUUUUAAUCCUUGUGAUAGGAAAUGCAUUGAUAAUUAACAGGAAAAAAUAUUUGUUUUUAAAUAAUCUACAAAUGAGAACCCAAAUAGUAGUAUUUAGUUUGACAGAAGUAAAUCAUACGGUUUAAAUAUAAUGCAAAAUUUCAGGACAGUUAAUUUGGGCUUCCCUUACUCUAAGAAGGUUUUUCUUAUAAUAAGGAUAAGAUGUGUGGUUUAAAGAAAAUUAAGAGACAAAAACUUCAGGCACAUAAUGCAUGAAAAUCUUUAAAUGCCUGCAAAAAUUAAGUUCUGUUAUAAUACCAGCCAGUUCUGAAUUAGCCAAUGCCCUAAAAGCAUCUAACAAUUUAAAGUUAUCUUAUGAGUCCUAUGAAAACAAUUAUUUGUUGCUAAAUUUGAGUUUUGGCUACGAACUCCAUGUUUACGUGAUAAGAAAUUGCUUUGGCCCUGUGGUUUAUGCUGUGCUGCUGGAUAAGUAUUUAUGUAAAACUGACAUUUCAAAGAGAACCUAUAUAUAAUUGGAAUUUC